CCUUAUUUUCCCACUUCAGGAACACUCUCUCUCUCUCUCUCUCGAUUCAGUGCAGAUCAAACAUGGAGAAACAAAAGCGAUUUGAGACCGCCAAGAUUUGCGUGGCGUACAGUGUUCUUAUGAGCUUCAUCGGCAAUGGCAAUGUUGCUACUGCUCUUUCAAUCACCGUGAUGGAGUUGGAAUGCGUCUUGGAGCAAGUUCUGUACGAGGGAGACACGGUCUCCGGAAACUUUGUUGCAAUCGACCACGACAUCUUCUGGAGCUCCGACCACCCUGGUAUCGAUUUCACUGCCACAGCUCCAGGAGGCACUACUGUGUUUUCGUUGAAAGGAACGUCCGGGGAUAAGUUCGCAUUCAAGGCACCGAAAAGCGGAUUGUACAAGUUUUGUUUUCGCAAUCCUGUUUCAACUCCUGAGACUGUUUCGUUCUACAUUCAUGUUGGCCACAUCCCAAAUGAGCAUGGCUUAGCCAAAGACGAACAUAUGGACCCUUUGAAUAUUAAGAUUGCUGAGCUGAGAGAAGCACUGGAAGCUGUCACAACAGAGCAAAAGUACCUUAAAGCACGCGAUGCUAGGCAUCGAUAUACAAAUGUUAGCACCAAUAAACGAGUGAUCUACUUCACACUUGCAGAGUACCUUGUGUUUGCUGGUGCAAGUGCUCUUCAAGUGUUGUACAUCCGCAACCUGUUUAGCAAGUCUGUUGCCUAUAACAGAGUUUGAUUAGGUUUCCAUUUUCCUUAAUUUUCUUCUUAUAAAUUUAUCAUAGUGAUUCAACGUGAAAAACUGAGUGCCGACUAUCUACUACAUGAUGCCCCCUCCUUCUUGUUUAUCCAUGCUUGGGAGUGACAACGUACUACAAACUUACACAGUUAUCUACUUAAA